UUUUACCUAUUCGAGCGCGGAUUUGGCCUCCCGCUGUCAAUCGAUGCCACGGCUGUCAGAGUCAGUUUGAAUUGUCAGCGAGUCUCUUGUUCGUCGAUUUUCGCUGAAAAUGUCGUUUCAGGAUAAGCUCGCGUCGAUCAUGGCCCGUCCUGGGCAGGAUCCCGUCGCCAAAGACGACGUCCCCUGGUGGAUGAAAUACCUGGGAAGAGGGGUAGGAACAGUGGGCAGUGUUAUUGCAAUUUUAUUGGGUGUGUGGAAUUGUGUGGGAAUUUUAAUAGGGAAUGUGCCCAGUUUGAUCAGUGGCAUGUGGCAAGUGGUGGCGGCUUUUAUGGUGAUUUGCUGCGAGGCCCCCUGCUGUUGCAUGUUUGUGGAUCACGUCCAGAGGUUCAGCGAUUGGGUGGAGAGAAGGCCCUAUUGGAAUCGCGCUUUGGGAUAUGUGAUACUCUCUAUUCCGCCGGUUAUCUUGUGUCCGGGGCUGUCGUCGAUCUUUGGCAGCGGCCUAAUUUUUACCACGGGAGUUAUUUACGGGAUGAUGGCUUUGGGCAGGAAGGCAACUGCAGAGGAGAUGCGUCAAGCAGCCGCCGCAGACGCCGUCCCCCCAUCUGGUACAAAUAGGCCCAAUUCAAUGCACGCAAAUUUGGUUGCAAACGCUCAACCCAUCAGUCUUACAGGCGCUCCAGUGUACGAUAGUAAUGUUUGAUUGGAUUUUUUUAUUAGUCUAAGUGUCCUCCAAGAGAUUUUUAUCAGUGUACCUAUGUAAUAUUAAAAUAUGUAAAGUUAAGAUUGAUAUUUCAGAGUUGUCAUUCUCCAUAAAUUUAUUUAUAACAGCGGUUGAUUGUUAGAUAUGUGCAUAUAUCACAUAGUCAGUUUAAGUGGUUAUUUAUUAGGUAAUUCGAUGACGUCAAUUGAGCGGAAAUGCCUAAUUAUAUUAUGUAGCUGAUUAGACCCAACUGCCAAAAUUUUUUUCACUUCAUUUCAUCAACUUAGGUAGCUUCCACUGAUUUCUGCAAAGACUGUUUAUUAUUUAAGUUUUGGUCUAAUUUUAUUUUGCUCAAUGGUCAAAACGUGCAUUCCAUUUAUUUACCAACAAAAUUUGACCACAUAUCAACGAACGUUUUAUGGGUGAAUGAUUUUGUUGCUAGUCACGAUAGUUUUUAUUCCAGUAGCUUCUUCCAUGGAGAUUUUUUCGGUAUGUCUUUAUUUGUGAUGUUUGUACAUUAAUUUUUAUCUCUAUAUACACCCUAAGUAAGACUUAAAUUUAAAGACCCGAUGUUAGACUAACGUAUUGUUACAAUAUUGUAAUAUGUAUGUAAAUGGAUGUAUUAUUGUAGCAAUAAAAUAUCUUAUACAAUAGUA